AUUGAUUGUUGAUGCCCACAAGGAACAUUCAACUUCUUUCAUUUAUUAUCACUUGUAUGUUUCUCCAACUUCCAAUCUCUAUCUUUAGAUUCACUCUUCUAUAUAAGGCACUCUCAAUAGUCCCCCUUACUUCCCAUCUUGUGACAAUGGACUUGAACAAGUGUUUUUUAGUUGUUCUCUCUUUGGCUUUGGUUCUUGAACUUGGUGAGAGUUUUGAUUUCCAUGAAAAGGAAUUGGAGACUGAAGAGAGUUUGUGGGAUUUGUACGAGUGGUGGAGGAGCCAUCACACGGUGUCUAGGAACCUCGAUGAGAAGCACAACCGAUUCAACGUGUUCAAGUACAAUGCUCACCAUGUUCACAACGCCAACAAGAAUGAUAAACCUUACAAGUUGAAGUCGAACAAGUUUUCAGACAUGACGAACCACGAAUUCAAGAGCGCUUAUGCCGGUUCGAAUGUUAAGCACCACAGGAUGCUCUGGGGGAGCCCUAAAGGGAAUGGGACUUUCAUGUACGAGAAGGUAGAUACGGUCCCCCCAUCUGUCGAUUGGAGGAAGAAAGGUGCAGUCACCCAUGUAAAGGACCAAGGACAUUGUGGUAGUUGUUGGGCAUUUUCAACGGUUGUGGGCGUUGAAGGAAUAAACCAAAUCAAAACAAAGAAGCUAGUUUCUUUGUCCGAGCAGGAACUGGUUGAUUGCGACAACAAAGAAAAUGCAGGUUGUAACGGAGGCCUAAUGGAUUUAGCUUUUGAGUUCAUCAAGCAAAAGGGAGGAAUAACAACCGAGGAAAACUACCCUUACAACACUGCAGAUAGAACUUGUGAUGUUUCGAAGGAAAACUACCUGGUAGUAUCAAUUGACGGACACGAGAACGUUCCCGCUAACGAUGAGGAUGCGCUGAUGAAAGCAGCUGCCAACCAACCUAUAUCUGUCGCCAUAGACGCCGGGGGUUCUGAUUUCCAGUUCUAUUCAGAGGGGGUAUUUACCGGAGGCUGUGGCACGGAGCUGGAUCAUGGGGUGGCGAUUGUGGGCUAUGGAACAACCCUAGAUGGAACCAAAUACUGGAUAGUGAAGAAUUCAUGGGGAACUGAAUGGGGAGAGAAGGGCCACAUUCGAAUGCAGCGAGCCAUCUCUGAUGAAGAAGGCCUGUGUGGUAUAGCAAUGGAGGCUUCGUAUCCAAUCAAGUCCUCCUCAAACAACUCUAAAGGACCUCUACCCUCCCCCAAGGACGAGCUCUGAGCCUCUAAAUCACAUUUAGCUUUACCUUUGAUCUCUGUCUCAGCUAAUAUUCUUCUCUGUUAAAGUUUCAUGUCCAGUUAUUCUUUUUCAUUUUUAUAGGGAUUGAAGCUGCGAUAAUCCUCACAUAAACAUAUCAAAUUUGAAUCACAAAAUUUGGUGCCAGUUACAUGCUAUGUCUGUUAAAGCUCUGUUUGGAGCUCAGGAUGACAUAAAUCCUCCUUAAUAUUUUCACUUGCAAUCAUUUUAAGCAAUUGAAAAAGGUUGACACAUUUAUCCAAAAUAAAAUAAAAUAAAAAACAAAAGAAAGAAAGACAGAAAUUUGCAGCAAUAAGGUAUGGCCAAGGAAUGAGAACUUGACAUUUACUUUUAAAUUGAAUUUUCCCAUAAAUUAUAUUACUUUAAGAAAUAAAUCUAGUUGACAUUUAUAUUUCAACUAAACUAUCACAACCAUAUAUAUAUAUAUAGGUUGAUGCUAGUUUGCAACAAUUACUGGUAUCACAAAUAUCUCAAGUUACUUCAAUUAUGGGAAACCACCUGCUUUUGGAAGGAACAAAGGAGAAUCAUUUCCAAUGUUUAAAGUCCCAUAUAGUUAAAAGCAGAAAUGAUCAAAUUUCUUCGAAGUUUUUUUCUCAAACAAACAUAUAUUAAGAUGCACGGCAUAUUGGAGGUGGCAACUCCUUAAUUGUAGACAUUUAACAUUACACAUUAGGCCGAGACUCCGAUGCUCUUGUUUGUAAACUAAACAAUUCAUGUCACCAUAUAAUUAGUAGACAUGACACGUAAAGAUACGAAACAAGCUGAAAAAAAAAAAAGGACACAAAACAAGAAAUACAGAACCGAUGUAUGU